UUAUGCACAUAACCUGUGAAAUUGUUCUGUGAAUUUUGGAUUGUACAUGUUUUCAUUUGAAUUUUGUCUCGACAAAAACUCAUUUGAAGAAAAAGAGAAUGUUUUAAACUUUGUCGUCUAGUAAUAUGAUGAAAGUCGCAAAAAAAUAAAUAUAAUAUAUUUAGUUUUCAAAUAUUUCAUUCUUAUUUGGUGUGGAUUAAUAUACAUGCGUAGUAUAUUAGUAAAAGUAACUUAUAUGAUGAAUAGAACUACUAGACAGAUCAACACUAGGAGCUCAGCAAACAAUGAUGCAUCUGUAAAUCGCCUUGUUCUAUCAAAAUUUAAAAAACCAGAUAAACCAAAGAUGGCCAGUUAUCAAAACACAGAAGUUAAUGAAGGUAAUUCUGAUGGAAAAUCCUGUAUCAAUGAGAAUACCAAUGUACAGAAUAUCAAGCAAGAAGCAAUUGAUACAGAAGAAAUCAAUGCUGUUGAUUCUCGGGGUUCAUCAAGUAGUUGCUCAAAACGCAAACACAUUAAAGUUGAAUAUGAAGCAACUUCUCAAGUAAAAUCUGAGUGUACAGAAAAUUCAGAAAUACAAAUUCCGUUAAUUGAUAAGAAAGCUCCUUAUAAUUGGGAAACAGUUUUAACUAAUUUACGAGAGAUGAGAAAAAAUUGUGAUGCACCUGUUGAUACAAUGGGUUGUCAUAAAUGUCAUGAAGAAGACGCUCUUCCAAACGUUAUGAGAUAUCAAAUACUUAUAUCCCUUAUGUUGAGCAGUCAAACCAAAGAUCAAGUAACUCAUGCAGCUAUGGAAAAGCUCAAAAAUCAUGGUUGUACAGUUGAAAAUAUUCUCAAAACCUCGGAUGAAAAAUUAGGAGAACUGAUAUAUCCUGUUGGGUUCUGGAAGAGCAAAGUAAAGUAUAUGAAAAGAACUACAGAAAUAUUAGAAAAAGAAUACAACAGUGAUAUACCUGAUACGGUAGAAAAACUGUGUAAACUACCUGGAGUAGGACCAAAAAUGGCUCAUAUUUGUAUGAAUACUGCUUGGGGACAAGUUACAGGAAUAGGUGUUGACACACAUGUUCAUAGAAUAUCCAAUAGAUUAGGAUGGGUGGAUACAAAAACUCCAGAAGAAACAAGAAAAGCGUUAGAAGGCUGGCUACCAUACGACUUAUGGAGUGAAGUUAACCAUUUGUUGGUUGGAUUCGGUCAACAAAUAUGUCAACCUGUUAGACCACAAUGUGCAACUUGCUUGAACCAUGAACUUUGUCCUUAUGGCAUAAAAUAUAUUAAUGGCGAGUUGAGAGGAACUAAAUUAAAAAAGGAGAAAUAAGAGGAAAAUAAGAGAAAUACUUUUUUUAUGUACUUCUUGAGUUUAUGCAUUUUUGCAAUAAAUUUUUUUUUGUGCUGG